AUCCGCGCGGCGCAGCCACCCGACCCGAGCAGAGCGAGCAACAAAAAGCAAAGCAAAACAACACAACCACGAGUCCACGAAUCUUCCUCCCUCCACUCCACCACCAACGCGGGCACGCAGCGCAUUGCUCCGACUUCUCUCCUACUACUAUAAACAAGCAGCAGCAAUUCGGCCGCCGCCACGCUCCAAUCCAUCGCAGAAUCGAUUUCGGUCCAUCCAUGGCGUCGUCGACGACGACGGCGCCCCCCGUCUCGUGCCGCCCCUCCACGGCGCGGGGGCGGCUGCUCCGCCUCCUCCCCGCGAACGGGCCGGCGGCGGCGAUGGAGCUCCUCCCUACCGUGAGGCGGAGGGAGGCGGUGCGGGCGGCGCACGUGCGGCGGAUCGAGGCGGCGGCGUGGUUGGGGGCGAGGAGGGCGACCCGGAGGGAGGAUGCGGCGGCGAGGUGCGCGGCGGCCGGGGAGGUGGUGGGGAGCGCCGCUGGGGUCGGGAGGAGCGCCGGGAUGGAGGUGGCAAUCGCCACCGCGGCGGUCGUGGCCAUGGGUACGGGGAACCGCGUCCUCUACAAGCUCGCCCUCGUGCCGCUCCGCGACUACCCCUUCUUCCUCGCCCAGCUCGCCACGUUCGGCUAUGUGGUUGUCUAUUUCUCGAUCCUGUAUCUUCGCCAUCAAGCUGGCAUUGUCACUGAUGAGAUGCUGUCUCUACCACAAAAACCUUUUCUGGCUGUAGGCCUCUUGGAGGCUUUAUCAGCAGCAUCAGGGAUGGCUGCUGGAGCCGUUCUUUCUGGGGCUUCGAUACCAAUACUGUCACAGACGUAUCUUGUUUGGCAGCUUCUUUUAUCUGCUAUUUUUUUGAAGAGGCGCUAUAGAAUAAAUGAGAUAACUGGAUGCUUUCUUGUGACGGUUGGUGUAAUAAUAACUGUAGCAAGUGGAUCUAGUGCUGGUGCUUCAUUAAAAGGUACUGGAAUUUUGUGGCCACUGCUCAUGAUAAUAUCGUUCUUUCUCCAAGCCGCUGAUACAGUAUUGAAGGAGAUAAUAUUUCUGAAUGCUGCCAAGAAAUUGAAGGGUGGCUCGGUUGAUCUUUUUGUCGUCAACUCAUAUGGCUCUGCUUAUCAAGCUCUUUUCAUGUGUCUCUUGUUGCCAUUCUUGUCAAAGUUAUGGGGAGUGCCAUUCCAUCAACUACCAACAUACAUCAGAGAUGGCACCGCCUGCUUUCUGAACAUGGGAUCACUAUCUUCUGGCUGUGAAGGGGCACCACUAUUACCACUACUAUUUGUGUUGGUUAAUAUGGGCUUCAAUAUAUCACUUCUACACUUACUAAAGAUUUCUUCAGCAGUUGUAUCUUCUCUGGCCUCUACAUUUUCAGUUCCACUGUCCAUCUACGCCUUCACCCUACCGUUGCCGUACAUCGGUGUGGCGUCUACUCUCCCUCCUGGCUUUGUUGCAGGCGCCAUGGUGCUGACCGCCGGCCUACUACUCUACAGCUUUCCACAGGCACAAAAAAAUCCUGGAAAUCCUUCACCAGCAGGAAUUCCUAGCUAACAUUCAUUUGUUCAUUUUUUUUCUUCCCAGUCUUCACAACCAUGGUUCAUAUAUAUAGGCUUGAGGCAUGGUUCAUAUAGGCUUGAGGUAGAACAGAAGUUCUCCUGAGGAACCGGCCAUCUGCCUGCUGUUGCAUACUGUAUCAUAUAUCACACGAGUAAACUCCUACCCAAUAAGUGUGAGGAAAUGCCACACGGAUAAGGAAUAAGACUCAAAAGAAGGUACCUGAUCAACCAUCAGGCGUUCUUAUUCUGAUGUUACUGACUGAAGUUGGGGGAUGCCAGUACAGUUUCUAGACGGGACAAGAACCAGGGAGAAAAGAAGGAGCAUCAUCACGACGGGGAUGAAGAGCAAGAAUGGCGGCGGCGGCGGUAGCGGCGGCAACACCAAUGGGAGCCACAGGAGGAUCACCGCCGCCGCCGCCAUCAACAUCAUCAGGACGCUCUUGUCCAUCUUGGCCUCCCCUGCAGCUGUUGACUGGACUGCCUCCUCCGGCCGGAGGCUCACCGGUUGCUCCACUCUCCGGUGUUCAUGUGUGUUUUGUGAUGAGGAAGUGUUGUAUGGAUGUUUCCAGUGAGAAGUUAACACAGGCCAAGCUACUAUAUAUAUGGCCAGCAGCCUGUACACUUUGAAUCUAGCGGCAAGAGCGAGAUGGUAUGUUUACCUCUGUGAAAAAGUGUGACCGUCUGUUUUGUUGCUACCUGUUACCGGUAUAUACUCGUAUUAAAUAUGAUACAUCUUAGUAGAACGCUGGCAUUUACUUCCUGUAGCCGUCGACUUGUGGGUCCCUUCUCUGGGACGUCGAGGAUUCAGGUGGUCCCCGGGGGUGCGGCAGGGAGGCCAUGACCCCGACAAGCAUCGCGUGAUGGGGAUCUAGAGUGCAAAUUGCAAUGCCUCCUGGCAAUUGGAGAAAACACCGGCAAUCCGGUUGCUGGAUUUCAGUAUGGCUCAACUCAGUAUCUGAUUGAAAGGUCGACUUGGGUAUGAGUUUUUAGACUUGGCAAAAAAACUCGUGUUUUAUAAUUUAAUUCUAGAAGAUAGCUUAUGCAUAGGUGGGUAUAUUUAAUUGUCAAAGCGUGUCAGUGUAAUACAAUUGUUCAAUCUUUGUUUUGAUAUGUGCUAGGAUGCACAUACGUGA